AUGACGAAUACCAAUGAAAUUUUCCCCAUAAGGAAUAAUGGAGUGAAUCACAAGGCAGUGGACACCAACAGUUCUAGCUUCUGCAUUGAGUACCAAACAAACGAUGAUUACCAGGACAAAAUUAUUGCAUCAAAAUUCAUUGAACUCAAGAUCCAUAAGUUCUCUCAAGAAGAAGAUAAAUUAAAGGAGUGGCUGGAUCUUGAGAACCUGAUUGCCGAAGAACAAGCUGGGUUUAGAGAAGGGAGAGGCACCAUAAAUCAGUGCCUAGUUCUUCAUCAUUUGAUUGAAAAAUAUGCAUCAAAUAGACCUGUGUCAUUAUACGCUGCCUUUAUAGAUCUUAAGGCAGCUUUUGACACGGUUACAAGGACUAAGCUAUGGGAGAAGCUGGAAGCUGCCUCAAUUGAUCACAGAGUCCUCCAUCUGUUACAUGCCUUACAUAACAAAACAUCCCUCAAGAUUUCGCAGCAUGUAAAGCGAUAUGGAAAUAUAUCCACUUUGUGGGCUGGACCUCACCUUCUAGUAGUGCUGUCUGGAUUCAAAACUGUGAAAGAAGGAUUGAUCAGCUUUCCAGAAGAAUUUUCGGACCGACCAGAUGAUCCUUUAUUGGCUCCUUUAGGGAAAGAAAAGGGAAUAAUUUUUUCCAGUGGCCACACCUGGAAACAGCAGAGACACUUUGGCAUCACUUCUCUGCGGAAGCUGGGCCUGGGGAAGAAAAGCAUUGAGCACCAAAUAGAAGACGCAGCUCAGACAUUGGUGGACAUCUUUAGACAAACAAAAGAACAGCCAUUUGACCCUUCAUUUCCUGUACUAAAUGCAGUUUCUAAUAUCACAUGUGCUUUGAGUUUUGGACAUCCAUUUGCUCCUGAAGAUGAAAACUUCCAAAAGUUAAUUCAAGCCCUUAAUUUUCUUUUGAAUUUCGCUAGUAACAUUUUCCACAUGAUUUAUCAUGAGUUCCCACAAUUAAUGAACUACCUCCCAGGCCCUCACCAGAAAGCCCUGGCUUCUAGGGACCUUAUCCUUUCCUUUGCAAAGCAGGAAAUAGAGAAACACAAGGAAUUUCAUGCUCUGCACGAGCCACAAGAUUUCAUUGAUUACUAUCUUCUUCAGAUGGAGAAGAGCAGGAAUGACCCCGAUUCAACCUACAGUGACGAGAACCUGGUUCAGUGUAUUUUGGAUUUUUUUGUUGCUGGGAUAGACUCGACCUUGGCUACUCUGAUGUGGGCACUGCUCUUCUUGACCAAUCAUCCUGACAUCCAAGAGAAAGUCAAGAAGGAGAUUGAAGAUGUGUUUGGCUUCUCAGGGUCAAUUUCCUAUCAGGAUCGGAAGAAGCUGCCUUACACCAAUGCUGUGAUUCAUGAAAUGCAGCGUGUAAAAUAUAUCUUGCUAGUUGGGGUUCCCAGGCGAAGUACAAAGGAUGUGAAGAUGAGGGGUUACCUUAUUCCAAAGGUGAGAAACAUGGUCAGGCUGCAUUCCAGGACACCUAAAGAAUUCAACCCAAAUCACUUUUUAGACAAGGAUGGGAAGUUCAUUGAACGGGAAGAGUUCCUGCCAUUUGGAAUAGGUCAACGUGUAUGCAUGGGACAGCAGCUGGCAAGAAUUGAGAUGUUCAUCUUUCUGAUCAGCCUGUUGAGGGCCUUCAGCUUCCGGUUGCCUGAAGGAGUGAAAGAACUCAAUGAAGCACCCGUCGUAAAAGUGACAAUGCAUCCACACCCUUAUAAAUUUUGUGCUAUUCCCACAAAGUUUUAAACAUAAACAAUGUAAAAAGCAUAAAAGUAAUUAUGGAGUAGCUAUUCACUAUAAUAAAUGUUUCCUAUGUACCUAUUCACUUAA